AUGCCAGGAUUCCCUCAAGGCACUGGCGUCCCAAUGGAAACGGCGGGCUCGUCAGCAGCUAUUGACCGAAUUCAAAUCAAGAAUCGACGAAAACGAUACCUUGAUCUACAUCCUGAAUACUUUGGCCCUCAGCUUGAGUUGGCAGAUCCGCUACUCUAUGACCGUCUCGUCCGCCGCUUUCAAAGCGCCGCCGAAAGAGAAGCAGAAGGUAGAAAGAAAGGCUAUUCAGGCAUCCUUGAAGCAGACCUGUACCGCAGCGAGGCUAAGUUGGAUGCAUUAAGACACCCUGAUCCGAACAGCAUCUUUACCUACAAAAGAGGCCCAAAUGGAGAAAUCCUAGCGGAAGAUAAAGACGAGGUUCCCACAACCAAGGAAGAAGGGCUUGCCCGAUGGCGGUGGGAGAUGGAAACGAGGUUUCUCCGAGGUGGUGAUGAUGAUUUUGACUACGAGGCUGUGGACAAGAAUACUGAAUACGACGAUCGGCUGCUCGAAGAACAAGACGCCCAAGACAGAUACUUCGAUGAGGAAGAGCCUGAAUUUGUACAAGGGGAUGAUACAGCGCAGAAACAUCAGAAGAAGGACUUGGAAGGUGAAACUGGAAUACAAGAUUUCUGA